ACCAGCCUUAGUCCUGGUAUCAGGCGAGAGGCGGAGCCGCCCGGCGCGCCCCGCCCCCGCGGUAGAAAGGGCUGGGCGAGUGUUACUCCCGGUCAGGGCUGGGUGGGACCUUUUAUCUGUGCUGCUGGAGGAGGUAGGAGGAGGAGACACCGGGGGUGGUCCUGGGCGCCUGCGACACCUUUCCUGGACUAUAAAUUGAGCACCUGGGAUGGGCUGGGGGCUGAAGCCACCCUCAGGCACAGUCCGGUCACAGACCGCAGCAGCGCCCUUGGGCAGCAGCAGCUCGCAGAGAAAACACUGAGAAGCAGGGAUCCUGUAGUACAAGAGGCCAAGGCUAGACCCACCAACUACGCACCGCCAUCGCGAGCCAAACCGAGGAACAGCCGCGCAUCUCGGAGGGUUGGGCUGCGACACCAGCGUUAGCAAGGGCGGAGGAGGAGCUGGGAAUCCCGCCUCACCGGCUACAACCAGUGCCCAGCGUGGGCCUCGGAGAGCUUGCGAAAGCGGGCACCCCCUCGCCCCGGCCGUCUAUCUCCGUGCCCCAGCAUUCCUGCGCUUCCGCGUCCACUUGGCCACCAUGAUGCAAAUCUGCGAUACCUAUAACCAGAAGCACUCGCUAUUUAACGCCAUGAAUCGCUUCAUCGGCGCCGUGAACAACAUGGACCAAACGGUGAUGGUGCCCAGCCUGCUGCGAGACGUGCCCCUGGCUGAGCCGGAGCUAGACAACGAGGUCGGCGUGGAGGUAGGCGGCAGAGGCAGCUGCCUGGAGGAGCGCACCACCCCGGCCCCCAGUCCCGGCAGCGCCAAUGGCAGCUUUUUCGCGCCCUCCCGGGACAUGUACAGCCACUACGUGCUGCUCAAGUCCAUCCGUAACGACAUCGAGUGGGGAGUCCUGCACCAGCCACCUCCGCCGGCAGGGAGCGAGGAGAACACCUGGAAGUCCAAGGACAUCCUAGUGGACCUGAGCCACUUGGAGAGUGCGGAUGCGGGCGAGGAAGAUCUGGAGCAGCAAUUCCACUACCACCUGCGCGGGCUGCACACCGUGCUCUCCAAACUUACCCGCAAAGCCAACAUCCUCACCAACAGAUACAAGCAGGAGAUCGGCUUCAGUAAUUGGGGCCACUGAGGCGGGGCUCCUCCCGUCGCCAGCACCCUCUCGGGCCGGUUCUCUCACCCCUCUUUCUUUCCUCAAAGCUAUUUUCUUCCUGGUUGUGGGGCGCGAAGGGCACACUGUAAAGUUGGGUUGUGUACGUUGGGGGUUGUGUGGAGGAGAGGGCCUCACCGUGAGAGCAGAGGAAAGCAGUCGCCAGAGAAGGGGGUUCAAGGACCCCCGGAGGGGGCCUGCUCUGAAUUGGUGGGAAUGGGAUUGGGCUGAUGUCCCUCGAUCAGCCUGUGCCUUUCCUGGGGUUUCUUUUCUCUUCUUUCUGGAAGAAAAGGGCCUAAGAAGGGGCCACGCCAGGGCACAGUGCUGGGUUGCCACACUUGAGAGGGCAGCCUCUAGCCCGGUGCGGGGGGGAAGGCGGGGCGCAGCCUCCUGCCUGCCCUGCCUUGAGCUGCAAGAGGAGGCCCUGGCGUUGCUAGGAUUGCGUCAGUUUUCCUGUUUGCACUAUUUCUUUUUGUAACAGUGACCCUGUCUUAAGUAUUUCAAAUAUCUUUGCUCUGAAACUUAGGCGAUUCCAUUGUGAUAAGCGCACAAACAGCACUGUUGGUAACCGGUACUACUUUAUUAAUGAUUUUCUGUUACACUGUACAGUAGUCCUGUGGCACCCCAUCCCUUUCACGCCACCCUUCCCCCACCCCAGUGUGUGUAAAUUGGCAGUGCGCCGGCCCGGAUGAAGCUUGCCACUUGGCCAGCGAAAAUAUUAACGUUAUUAAGAGAAAGUGGAUUUAUCUAAAGUGGAACCGACUGACAUUCUAUCGGUGUGGUAUAUAGAAUCAUGAAGGGUUCCACGGUUGCUAUGUCUUAAAUUUAUUUAAAACUUUUUUUUUAAAUCCAGAUGUAGACUAUAUUCUAAAAAAUAAAAAAGCGAUGUGUUAACUAAA